AUGUCGAAAAUCGUACUCUCCAUCAAUGCCGGGUCCAGCUCGGUCAAAAUCUCAGUUUACAGCGCUUCGCAAGGGCAAGAACCAAAAGAACUGGCGGAGACGCAAAUCGACGGCCUGACGGCCCCUCCCCCUAAAUUGAAGUACACUCGGAAUGGCAAGACCAUAGCCAAGGGGAAGAGCAUCGACCGCAAGAUUGCCUCCCAGAACGAUGCAUUCAAAUGCAUGCUCGACGAGCUGAUCAAUGACCCGGACUUCAAGGAGAUCACCAAGAAGGAAGACAUAGAAAUCGCAUGCCACCGCGUGGUGCACGGCGGCAAUUUCGACCGGCCACAAGUCAUCACGCGGGACACGUACCAUCGCCUCGAGGCGCUCACCGACCUGGCGCCACUGCACAACGCGCCGGCGCUGGACAUUGUCCGGUUCUGUGUGCAGGAGCUGCCGCACAUGAGGAACGUUGCGGUCUUUGAUAGCCAAUUCCAUUCCUCGCUCCCUCUGCAUGUGCGUACCUACCCCAUUGGCCAGGAAAUCGCAAAGAAGAACGGGUUGCGGAAGUAUGGAUUUCAUGGAAUCAGCUACUCGUUCAUCACGAGAAGCGUGGCCAAUUUCCUGGGUAAGGGAGAGGACGAGACAAGCCUGAUCAUGCUGCAUCUAGGCAGUGGCGCGAGUGCGUGUGCCGUGAAGAAUGGAAAGAGUUGGGAUACGAGCAUGGGCUUGACGCCGUUGGCGGGUUUGCCCGGUGCGACGAGGAGUGGGACUCUGGAUCCCAGUCUAGUAUUCCACUACUCGUCGAAUGUAGGAAAGCUCUCGCCGCACUCGACCAAAUCUCUGCACAUCUCCCGCGCAGAAGAAAUCCUCAAUAAAGAGUCUGGAUGGAAAUCCCUUACCGGAACCACCAAUUUCAGCACCAUCGCCUCUUCUGAUGACCCCAAGAUGAAACUCGCAUUCGACAUUUUUGUUAAUAGGAUCGCGGGAUAUAUUGGAAACUACUACGUCGCAUUGGGUGGGAAGGUUGAUGCACUGGUAUUUGCGGGGGGGAUUGGAGAAAGGAGUGAUAAGUUGAGACAAUCAGUCGUGGAGGAAGUGAGCUGCUUAGGCUUUGAAAUCGAUGCGGAACUAAAUGGGAAGUCGAUCGAGGAUGUGGUGCAGAAUGUGGGGAAGAAGGGAGCGAAGCAUGGGACGCUGGUUUGCCAGACGAAUGAGCAGUUUGAGAUGGCCAGGCAUUGUGCUGUGGAUCAGCGGUUGUUUGAUUGA